AAAUUUAGGGGUAUUUAGAGAAGUAUUCUCCUUUUCAGUCCACUGAGUUUCUCUUUUCCUUUUCCCUCUCUCUCUCUCUCUCUCUCUCUCUCUCCAUGUGAUUUUGCUUGAUCCUAAUUUAAUUUUUAAUAAGCAAAUUUCUGAAAAUUCUCUUCCAAAAAAUGUUAUCAUCAUUUUCACCUUGAUCCCCUCUCUCUACUGUCACUUCUUCUGCACACAUUCACUUCUCUUCCUCUCUCUCUAAAUUAUCUAAUUUCUCUUCAUCACAUUCCAUCAUAAUGUAAUAGCGCCUGUCUUUUAGCUGAUUUUUCUACCUCGAUUUUGGCCGGAGACUUUAUUUUUUUUGGGAAGUUUCGUGCUCAUUGUGCCUCAUUCUUCAAUUCGUGACCAGUUUUUCCUCUAUAAGUUUUCUCAUUUCUGAAUGUUGUGGGGAUAAUCGGUGAAUUUUGGCGCAUUUUGAGGUAACGGUUGGUUGCGUUGGAGAAUUUUGGGAUCUGCUCUGAUUUUGACGUCAAUUGGGAUCUCUUUGCUUGUAUUAUAAAUCAACGGUUUGGAUCCGAUCGGGGGAGAAACAGCGCCAUCAGAUGGCGCUGUUCAGACGCUUCUUUUACCGGAAGCCGCCGGAUCGGCUUCUUGAAAUCUCCGAGAGAGUUUAUGUGUUUGAUUGUUGCUUCUCCACUGAUGUGUUGGAAGAAGAUGAGUACAAAGUGUACUUGGGUGGCAUUGUGGCACAAUUGCAGGACCAUUUUCCUGAUGCUUCCUUCAUGGUGUUUAAUUUUAGAGAAGGGGAUAAGCGGAGCCAAAUAUCAGACGUAUUAUCUCAAUACGAUAUGACAGUCAUGGAUUAUCCUCGUCAAUAUGAAGGAUGUCCUAUGCUUCCGCUGGAGAUGAUCCACCACUUCCUUCGAUCUAGCGAAAGCUGGUUGUCCUUGGAGGGGCAGCAAAAUGUGUUGUUAAUGCAUUGCGAAAGAGGAGGAUGGCCUGUGCUUGCGUUCAUGCUCGCAGGUCUUUUGUUAUAUCGGAAACAGUAUAACGGGGAGCAGAAGACUCUUGAAAUGAUCUACAAGCAAGCUCCCAAAGAACUUCUACACCUUUUAUCUCCUUUAAAUCCACAACCUUCCCAACUAAGAUAUCUUCAGUACAUUUCUAGAAGAAAUUUUGGUUCCGAUUGGCCUCCAUCUGAUACGCCCUUGGUGUUGGAUUGCCUGAUGCUCAGGGCUCUUCCAUUGUAUGAGGGGGGAAAGGGCUGCAGGCCAGUUGUACGAGUUUAUGGUCAGGAUCCUUCAAAGCCAGCCAACAGAACUUCUAAGCUUCUGUUCUCGACUUCAAAGACAAAAAAACAUGUUAGGCAUUACCUACAGGAAGAGUGUAUGCUGGUGAAAAUAGACGUCCGAUGCCGUGUUCAAGGGGAUGUUGUUCUUGAAUGCAUCCAUUUGGAAGAAGAUCUUGUUCGCGAGGAGAUGAUUUUUAGAGUUAUGUUUCAUACAGCAUUUGUUAGGGCAAAUGUUUUGAUGCUCUGUCGUGAUGAAAUUGACACUUUGUGGGAUGCCAAGGACCAAUUUGCAAAGGACUUCAAGGCAGAGGUACUUUUUGGGGAUGGUCAUGCCAUUGUGCCUAAUCUCACUGCAGUUAAAGCAAAUGAAGAUGGGAAUGAGGCAGAAAUUGCUUCGCCUGAGGAAUUUUUUGAGGCCGAAGAGAUAUUCAGCAAUGCGGUAGAUGCACAAGAAGCAAAAGGGGAUUAUGACACUCACACAGACUAUGACAACUUGACAGUUGACAUAGAACAUAAAGAAGUCUUCACGGAUACAUUUGAUGAUGGGAAUCACAAAGAGGGUUGGAAGAUGGAUUUUAAUGUUGAUCCAGUGAAGGACAUAGCUGUGGAUGAUGUGAAAUACAAGAUGGAUGAGAAGGUAGACCCUGAUCUUCAAGCAGUGAAAGACAUAACUGUGGAUGAUGGGGAUAUCAAGGUAGAUUCAAUCGUUGUUGCUGUUGAUACAUUGAGAAACGAAGCAAUAAAGGAAGUGGAUGAAGAUUUUAGUGAAGAUUUCAAAGAGAUGGAAAAUAAAGCUAAUGGAGAAAACAAUAAUAAAAGAAUUUUGGAAGCCACACUUCCACAGCUAAAGUUGAGUGUCGAUGUUGGUACACAAAAACCUGAGAAGUUAGUUCCACCUUCACCUAGGAAUGCAAUACCUGUUGUUGCAGAUUCAACUGUCGUGAAACAAAAAAUCAAACAACUUGAGCCUCAUGGAACUAAUGGGAAACAAAGAAGGCCAAAUACUGUACCUCGUUGGGUUCCCCCUGAUGAAGCCCCCUUUGCCAAUUCAAUGCAUGUAGCACAUCCACCGUCCAGAUAUAAUAGUGCACCACCUACUCUUGCUUUUGGUGCUUCCCCAAAGGAUUCUAAUGCGGAUGCUCAUGUAAAGGCUUCUUCUGAUACUGCUGCUGCUGGAGAUCUAGCUUCAAACGAGCUUGCUUCCCUUCCAGUUGUAUCACCACGUUUUGGCCCAGCAAAUGUUGUGCCUCCACGUCCCCCAACCCCACCUCCACCUCCACCUCCACCUCAUUCUAGCAAUGCAUUUUCACCUGAGACUCCAGUUAAAGCUCCACCUCCACCUCCACCUCCACCUCCACCUCCACCACCCCCCACCCCUCCCCCUACUUGCACUUCAUUUGUUAGGCAGAAUAUGGAGAUAGCUUCACACCAUGCAUUCCCUCCACCCCCUCCCCCUCCUCCUCCUCCUCCCCCUCCCCCUCGCUCUCCCCCUCCCCCGCCCCCUCCAUCUAAUAGGCAUAAUAUUGGGAUGGUGUUACCUCCUGCACCUCCUCCACCCCCUUGGAAGUCUAGUUAUAGUCCAAGUCUCCCUGUUUCAACUUUGAGUGUUUCAACUCCACCUCCACCACCACCUCCUCCUCAUUCUGUCACUGUUUCAACAAUUCUAAAGGUUGGUGGAGUUGGAACUACUACUCCACCACCACCACCACCACCUCCUCCCAAUCAAGGAUAUUCUCCUCCUCCUCCUACUCUUUGUGGAGGUUCACCUCCACCAUCACCACCACCACCACCAUUACCAGGACGUAGAGUUCCAGCUCCACCACUGCCUCCACCACCACCUCCACUGCCUCCACCGCCACCUCCACUGCCAGGUGGGUCUCCACCUUCACCACCACCACUUGCAUAUGGAGCUCCACCACCUCCUCCUUCACGUGGAGCUCCACCACCACCACCACCACCUCCUCCUCCUCCUUCACAUGGAGCUCUACCACCAUCUCCUUCGUGUGGAGCUCCACCACCACCACCACCUCCACCUCCUCCUACAAGGGGAGCUCUACCACCACCUCCAUCUCUUCCAAUAAGUGCCAUUCCUCCUCCACCAUCUCCCCCCUUUUGUGGAGCCCCACCUCCAUCACCUCCUCCUCUAGGGCGUAGGGCCCCACCUCCACCACCUCCUCCUCCUUCAAGUAGAGCUCCUCCACCACCUCCAAUAAGUGGUGUUCCUCCUCCACCACCUCCUCCCUUUCGUGGAGCCCCACCUCCACCACCUCCUCCAGGGCGCAGAGCCCCACCUUCACCACCUCCUCCUCCUUCAAGUAGAGCUCCUCCACCACCUCCAAUAAGUGGUGUUCCUCCUCCACCACCUCCUCCCUUUCGUGGAGCCCCACCUCCACCACCUCCUCCAGGGCGCAGAGCCCCACCUCCACCUCCACCUCCAGGGCAUGGAACCCCACCACCUCCAGGCCGUGGAGCACCACCACCGCCACCUCCUCCUGGACGUGGAGCUCCUCCUCCACCUUCCAUAGGGAGAGGCCCACCUCCCCCACCUCCUCCUGGAGGCUGUGUUCCUGGCCCACCUGCUCCACCUGGACCUCCAGGUUUUGGACCCCCUCCGCCUCCGCCAUUAGGUGGCAAAGGAGCUGUAGCUGAUACAAGAGGCCUGGCUUCUGGAAGAGGGCGUGGGGUUUCACGGUCUUCAGGGAUGUGUUCAGCUGGAACAGCACCUAGAAGAUCAUCCUUAAAGCCUCUUCACUGGAGCAAGGUAACAAGGGCAUUACAAGGAAGUUUGUGGGAGGAGCUGCAAAGACAUGGGGAGCCCCAAAUUGCACCAGAGUUUGACGUGUCAGAGCUAGAGAGCCUUUUCUCGGCAACAGUCCCCAAACCUGCUGAUUCAGGAGGCAAAGGUGGAGGAAGACGCAAAUCUGCUGGAUCAAAAACUGACAAAGUUCACCUGAUUGACCUGAGGAGGGCCAACAACACUGAAAUUAUGCUCACAAAAGUUAAGAUGCCACUGCCUGACAUGAUGGCUGCAGUUCUAGCAAUGGAUGAAUCAAUAUUAGAUGCUGAUCAAGUGGAAAAUCUUAUCAAAUUCUGCCCUACUAAGGAGGAGAUGGAACUUCUCAAGGGCUACACUGGUGACAAGGAGAACCUGGGAAAGUGUGAACAGUAUUUUCUGGAGCUGAUGAAAGUGCCUCGUGUUGAGUCAAAAAUGAGAGUAUUUUCUUUCAAGAUUCAGUUCGGCUCUCAGAUAACAGAAUUUAAAAAGAGCUUAAACACAGUAAACUCUGCUUGUGACGAGGUUCGGAAUUCCCUCAAGUUGAAGGAAAUUAUGAAGAAGAUUCUUUAUUUAGGGAAUACAUUGAACCAAGGAACUGCAAGGGGUUCAGCAAUUGGUUUCAAGUUGGACAGUCUUUUAAAACUUACUGACACACGUGCCUCUAACAGCAAGAUGACACUUAUGCAUUACCUUUGCAAGGUACUUGCAGCCAAGUCACCCGCGCUUCUAGAUUUUCACCUGGACCUUGUUAGCCUUGAAGCUGCAUCUAAGAUACAAUUGAAGUCUUUAGCAGAAGAAAUGCAAGCUAUAAUCAAAGGAAUAGAAAAGGUGAAACAGGAGCUGUUGGCAUCAGAGAAUGAUGGUCCUGUAUCUGAAGUUUUCCAUAAGACUUUGAAAGAAUUCAUUUCUGUUGCUGAGACAGAGGUGGCAUCUGUGACAAAUCUAUAUUCUGUUGUGGGUAGAAACGCAGAUGCACUUGCACUUUAUUUUGGUGAGGAUCCUGCUCGUUGCCCAUUUGAGCAAGUUACCGCAACUCUAUUAAAUUUUGUGAGGUUGUUCCGCAAAGCACAUGAAGAAAAUUUGAAACAGGCUGAAUUGGAAAAGAAGAAAGCUGAGAAGGAAGCUGAAAUGGAGAAGGCAAAGGGAAUAAAUCUUACAAAAAAGAGUGACACAUAGUUGUGAAUUGAUAUGUUGCUUCCCCUACAUGGCAGUGUGAGCUCCCUGCCACACAGCGGACUUUGUGCCGCAUUGUUUUUUUAGUCAGUGACGGCAAAAAUUGCUGCUGAGGACCUCAGCUCCAACUUCUCCAUUACAGAGUGAAAUAAGCCUCACAAGGUGAAAUAGGCAAAGGUGAAAAGGCUAUUCCUUGAGGCUUGUGGAGCUUAAAGCAUGCAAAAGGUUCAUUCAAUCAGAUGAUGAGUUCAACACAUUAGAUUUUACACGGAUCAUGUUUUUGCAAAAUAGAGUGGUUAAAUAUGUCGGCGUAGUGAAUCGUACAGUGCAGAAUAUAUUUGAGGAGAUGAUAUGGCCCUUGGCAUUUGUUCUUCAAGAAAUUCUGUAUGAUUUUGUCGUUUGGUUUGGCAGCACCAGAGCAGAGCAGAUGCCUCGAGUAAUCUAAAGCACAAAGCAGCUCUGUACCAUGAGACCAUGUACAAAGCUCUAACCCCUCCCUAACAUUAGAUUCAAUUCUUUUCUCGUAACACAUAGGGCGCUGUUUUUCUUUCUUUUUUUUUUUUUUUAAUGUCUUAGUUUUGUUUCUAAUUGAAAAUUUGAGCUAACCCAUCCUGAAAUAUGUUGUAUAGGUGUUCAGGUUAAGAUAGAGCAAUUAGAAGAGGUGUUGCUUUUAGUGUAAUUGUAUUAUAACAUCGAAAUAUAAGUUGCAGAAUGAAAAUUUCUUGUUUCUUUAA